UGGGAACGCCGGCCCCGUCUUCGCCUGCGCCUAUCCGGAGCCUGUGCCUCCUCCGAACCAAUCAGUGGGGCGUCUAAGGCGCCGCUUCUUCCGUGCCCCGCCCCUUGGCUACCGGAUGUGUGAUGUGGCUCGCGGCGCUGCGUAACUAUGGUAAGCGCGGCGGUCGGGGGUUUAUUUGGAUGGGGGGGGGGCUUCGGUUAGGUCGCCUUUGUCUCCGGUAGUCGGCCUGUGUUUGUGAGUGGGGCCGUUGGGCUCAGAGAUGGGCACUGGGGGUGCUCUCUGCCCGUUUCCGCUCCUCCCCCGCUCAGCCUCUCUCUCACUACAAUAGUGGCCUUUCCUUUUUUUAAAAAAAGGUUGUUGUGGUUGCAGCAUCUUCCCUUUCCCAGAAUGUGGUGGUGAAAUUAUCGUUUGGGAAACCUGCUUCCCCCUUUUGAACUUUCUUCUUGUUAUACUUAAAAUGCUGCCUUCUCACCUGCUAUUCUAAAUACUAUACACUCAAGGUCUCAUGUCUUCAUUUUACUUUCCCCAGAGCAGCACUCAGAUUCUUUAGGAGUUUUUUGUGUGUGCUAAUAAUGACUGGUUAAUAAAUUAAUAAUAAUAAUUUGCAUUAAAUUGCAGAGGCCUUUGCGUGAUUUUAAACUGUUCUCACAUCAAGAUGCCAUAGGUUUCCACAUAAAAAGCACUGGACAGUACCCAUUAAAAUACAGUGGCUAAACAAUUGGAAUUAGUGCCCCUUUGCAUGUGUGCAGCAGCACAAGCUUAUCCCAAGUUUACUUGGAAGUGGAUGUGCAUAGGACUGCAGUGUAGUGUUUUACAUUAUUUACAUGUAACUAUAGAUAAAGGCACGUGUACAAGCCAUGCUGUUUACAUAGGAUUUCACUAAUGGGGUUUUAUUCAGUAAAAAGGUGCAUAUAUGUGCUGAGCGCCAAACAGCUUUUGAUAUUUUGUUGGGAUGAAUAGUGAAACAUCACCUUAUAUCUCUAGUUGCUUUUGAAUCUUUGCUUGGUUUUAAAAGAGGUUAGUUGUGUGAUAAGAGUGGCUAUUGUCUGAGGAAAAACUAGCUCAAAGUUUCCAUCUGAUGCACAGUAUUUGGUAUUUGGUAUUUGAUUCUGGGUCCUGACCAUAGUUCUUUCAAAUAAUGAGACCACAGAUGUUCUGGUAUAAACUCUACUUUUUCUCUGCCUUUUUCACUUUACACUACACACAUCACUCUCGUCUUUUUACAUCAGCUAUAGCUGUCUGAGUUUGUGAGUUUAGAGUCAGUCCAUCAUACUUGAACAUUGCCAAGAAAUAGAAUCCAUGAUUAGAUAGGAUAGAUGAUGAGAUGCAGAUAGGAACAUGGGAAACUGCCUUAUACAAAUCAGGCCACUGGUCUAUCCAACUGAGCAUUGUCAACAUAGAUGGGCAAUGACUCUCCAUGCUUUCAGGCAGAAGUCUUUCCCACCCUCCUUUUGGAGGUCAGUGAUUCAAUCCAGGAUCAUAUGGAUGCCAAGUAAGGGCUCUACAACUUGCUACUCAAGGAUUUAAAAUAUAUUAAAUUGUUUCAUAAUGCUAACAAGCAAACAAACAAACAGCUGAGCUGCAGCCCAUCCUUAGAAGACUUAAUUAUCAAUGGCUUGCAUCAGCAGGAAAAGGCUUGACUCCCCACAUCAAUAGUGUUCCCAAGCUUACUCCUUUAUUUAUACCUUAAAAAGGAAUGGCUGCAGUUAACACCUAUGGGGGAAAGUAAAAUGCUGGACUUGUGAUAGCAUUUCUUUGAGGUAAAACCUGACCUUGUGUCCUAACACUGUGUGGCCUGAUCCUCAUUGACAGGGUAUCGCCUAAAGGAGAACAAUGUGUCUGUGAGACUUCCAGUGCCCUCAGUAUGUCCUUGAAAUGCACAAGUCUUCCAUUUGCACACACCCUGUCUUCCAUAAUUAUGAGCAUUUUGGUGGUUGUGUGGUACAAGCAGGAACUCCAGAGCUGCAGAUAACUUUUUCAUCAGUUGUUUUUGUUUUGAGAGUUGAAAUGCCUGUUUAGUUUGUGGUCUGAAUAGUGCUUAUAAAUACAGAGUUCCAGGAGAUUAUGUACUGUAUUGAAAAGAAAUCAUAUUCUUGUACUGAUUUCUUUGCUAGGAGAUUUAGGGUGUGUGCCUGUACUGGAAUUGUUUACAACGUAAAGAAGUACGUAACGUAAUGGGCCCCCAAAACUCACUUUUUUCUACUUACUGGCAGGGAGGGAUGCAGAAACAAAUGGGGCAGGGAGACGGUUUUCAAAGUGAACCAUAACUCCUCUUCUGUUUUACUUUUUUCUUUCAGUCUGCAAUCUUCAAUUUUCAGAGCCUACUGACGGUAAUCCUUCUGCUUAUAUGUACCUGUGCAUACAUAAGAUCAUUGGCUCCCAGGUUACUGGAUAAUAAUCAAACUGGGUAUGUAACUCUAGAAAUUUUGGGGGAGGGGAAUAUAAAUUGCAUGUUUAUAAUCUCAGCGUGAUAUCUGACACAAGUGAUAGAGUAGACCCAUUGAAAUUAAUGGACAAGUUACUUGCCCAUUGAUUUCACUGGAUAUCACCAUUAAUGGAUUUUCUUCUCAGCUGUAAUCAUUGACGUGAGAUCUGUGUCAUAAGCAUUUUAACCUUUGAAAGCCGAGCUAAACUAUAAUUCAUUACAACAAAUCUUCAUGAGCUUUUGCUUCUUAGGGCAUUAGGGGAAGAAAAUUGGAGGUUGAUUUCUUUUUCAGAAUUAUAUGAUACCUUUCUUAUUGAUGCACACACAAGGUGGUUUAAGAUUUUUUUUUAAACCCAGUGUCAAUCAGUUAAAAUUAAUGAAAGAACAGUUAAAUCAUAAAAACAACAUAUCCUUAAAAGCCCUAACUUCAAAAAAGAAAAGCCAUCUGAAACAAAGCUAUCUUAAGUGUAAAUUGAAAACAGGCAAUGAAAGAGCCAAACCUACUUUCAGAACAGGGAAGCCAGUCAUUCCACUAUUGAAAAGGCUAAAAUGAAACAGUGAGGGGACGGGACAAAAGAAAGACCCCAAAAGCUAGAACAAGAACUCAAGCAGGUUCAUAUGAGACAAGGCAGUUGCUGAGGUACCUGGAAUGGGAUUACCAGCAGCGAAAGUCUUGCAUAAGGAUGCUACUCCCAAGUACCACUUCAGUAUCUAUGGACACAUCAAAACUAUUUAGUGAACUAGCAGUGUGAGUUCCUUUUGCAACAAAAACAGCCCAAAAUCCUACUGGGCAUGCCUGAGCCAUUAAGCAUGGGGUGUGUGUGUGUGUGUGUGUAUAUACAGUGGACGCUCGGGUUGCGAACUUGAUCUGUGCGGGAGGCGCAUUUGCAACCCACAGUGCCAUGUCUGUGCAUGCGCGGGUUGCGAUUCGGAGCUUCUGCACAUGUGCAAAACACUGAAACCCGGAAGUAACCCGUUCCGGUACUUCUGGGUUUUGGCGCGCCCAUAACCCGAAAACGCGCAACCUGAAGUAUCUGUAACCUGAGGUAUGAUUUUUUUUGUGUGUGUGUGUGUGUAUAUACACACACACACACACACAUAGUCUUCGAAUUCUAGCCAUAACUACUCUAUCACUAUUAAAAAGGCAUCCAAUUAUAAGCUUAAAAUAUGAAAUGAUGCAUUUUUCUAAUUUCUCAAAAUACAUUUUCAGAUUAUUGGGCAUAUUCUGGAAGUGUGCCAGGAUUGGUAAGUGUGCAUGUUCUGUUUCCCAAAAAUAUACUGUAUUAGUGGAUGUUAGUGUGUCAUCUAAGCAUGCCUUUAUCUGCCUUAAAAAAAAUCUUAGUGGUAUUAUUUUCAAAUACGCAGCAUGUACUUUUCUGCAAUUUUAACUUUGAUAAACAGACUGCUUAAUGUAAGGGUUACUAGUAUUAGGAAUAAAAUGUAUAAACUUAAGAGCAAAAAUGUUCUGUAUAUGAAUUGCAGUAUUCCUAGCAAAAGUUCAAGCAAUAAAUUGCUCCAGACUCUCUGCCUGUCUCACGGGGUUGUUGUGGGAUCAUUCUGUAAGGACUGCAUGUAUGCCACUUUGAGCUGCCUUUGGGAAGGCUAUAUGACAGACAAAUGUGAGGAGUGAUGUGAAAGAUUCAAGAAUAGUCGUGGUGCAUGAGGUAAGAAACUGCUGUCCUGGCUAGAGUGGCACUGCUGCUUUCAGGAUGGAGGAGGGGAGCACUGGGUUAGUUGUGGCAGCAAACGCUAGUGUGUCAACCUCCAUCUGCUACCACUGCCACCCUGAUAUUUCUCCCAUCCUCCCUGCCACACCACUACAACUCGAAGGGUGGUGCAGUGGCAGCACCACACUUCAUGUGCCAUGAGUGCCCAUAGAUUCUGUUCUGUCCUCAGCACAUAAAUGCAAACACAAGAGAAGCUGUGAUUUAGAAAGGGGCACAGGAGGAAAGAGUUAAGCACUCUAGAAUGCCACUUUCCCAAUCUUCAAAGCAGCACAUGAGGCUAAUAGUUAUCAAAACAAAAAAUUAAUCACUUGUUCAAAAACCUGUUGUGCCUAGCUUUGACACAAAAGAUGUGACCUUAUUAUAAUCAUAAUUUCUUGUCUGGAGAGCCAAAAAUUCCAGCAGACAUUAUGUGAUUCUCCUCCUCCUGCCUUCUUACUGUUUUAGCACUUGCUCUCUUUCUGUGAAAGGAUAAACACAAAGCUACAUCAGUGUAGAAUGCAAUUCUGUCCCUUGUGUUUAAACAGCCUUUUUAAUGUCUGCACCUUUAAGCAGACAAGCUGUUGCCUAUUUGUAAAGUAGUGCUAACAGGCGUUGAAUCCUAAUUGAUGAUGGAUGCCUCUCUCAAGAAAAUUAAGAACAGAAAAGUACAACAUGUAAGAAAACUGUAGGAGGUGGACUUCCUCAACAUUAAUUCUAAGCAGAUGUGAAAUUGCAGAUGUUAAUUUGCACAGCUAUUUGCAGUUUAAUUAAAUGUGUGCCAGAUGAUGACAGUGUCUCGUAAUGUAAUUGUGGUGGCCCUCACUUGUGCAAAGACUCAGUGAACUGUUCCUUGCUGUGGAAAGAUUUCUCACUAAGCAGCCAGCUUGUGUGAGCGGAUGCAUAUGCCUUUGAGCUCACCACCAAUAUAGAAGCAUUAGCAAUGCCAUCUCCCAACUCCUCAAAAAAUUCCAUCAACAGUGUCUCCGAAAAAAAUUACAUCUCUCUUGGGAAGACAGGCGAAUUAAUAUCAGUGUACUGGAAGAAGCAAAGAUCACCAGUGUCAAAGCAAUGAUUCUUCAACAUCAACUUUGUUGGACUGGUCAUGUUGUUUGGAUGCCUGAUUAUCGUCUUCCAAAGCAAUUACUCUAUUCCCAACUCGAGAAUGGAAAGCGAAAUACCAGUGCACAACAAAAGAGGUUUAAAUGUGUUCUCAAGGCAAAUCUAAUAAAAGGUAACAUAAACACUAAUAACUGGGAAACAAUUAGAGAGCAGCCUUUACCAAAGGUGUCAUGGACUUUGAAGAAGCGUGAAUUCAGGGUGAAAAGGAGAAACGAGCUAAGAGGAAGGCACGUUUGGCAAACUCUCACUGUGAUCAACUCCCACCCAGAAACCUAUGUCCCCACUGUGGAAGGACAUGUGGAUCCAGAAUUGGCCUCCACAGGCCAAUUCUCCACUUAUGGACUUCUAAGACCAUGUUCAUGGAAGACAAUUUUACUCAGCUACGAGUUAUCACCAAAGAAGAAGAAUUAUAUUUCAUGCUUAACAUACUCUGGGUAUUACAGCAUUUAUUCAGUUAAAUGUUAUGGUGUUUAUCCAAAUGUUACCCACCAUAGAUAUAUGGCAACAAUUGUUCACUACAGGAGAAACAUUUUUGACAUGUUUCUGCUUUAGGGCAAAGGUGGGGAAUUUCUUUUGGCUCCAUGGACCAGAUCAUUAUUAGGAUCAUCCUUGCUGGCCAAAUUUGACAGGUGGGUGGGGCUGCCCACCUGUCAAACCACAUGACAUCAUUAAUGACACUGAGUGAUUGACAAACCCACCUUCUAAAAUCCAUUGUGCAGGGUUUCGAAGCACCCAGCAACCCACAGAGACUGAAAGGAAGUAUGGGCACUGUCAUAAUGCCCUUUGCCAAAGUGGUUUGAAGUAGCCCAUUUAAGCUGGUAUGGGAGAGGAGGCUCCUUCUCCCCUCCCACAUCAACCUCCACUAUCCAUCCGCUCAGUUACCGGUAAAGGAAAAGCACACAGCUGUUUCACAAAGCACUUUUGCAAAGGGCUUCAAUCUGUGCUCACCAACAGGGAACAAAGCCAAUGCAGCAUUAAACCCAGUGGCAUCACCAGUGAUGUCAACAAAUGGCGUGGUUUAGCAACUAUGACUUUGUGGGCCAAAUUGUACCCCCUGAUGAUACAAGACUGACUUACAGGCUGGAGGCUGCCCGCAUCUGUUUAAGGCUUGUAGUACAUAUUAGGAGUUUCAAACUCUUGUGCAAGGGGAAGCAUGUUAAGAAGAUUUAGGGGAGGGAUGAGCAGUUACAAGGAGGGGGAUUACAAACUUAAAAUGGUAAAAGAGAGGCUGUAUUUGUGUUUCUCUGGUGCCCUUGAUGCACUUUACCCCUGUAAUGUUGCAGCUUUACCUUACAAGUACUGUUCCCAUAGCCUUCACUGAAAGUGGUCUGGUUGAUACUGACACAUUUUGCAUAUUUGUAGAUAUUGCAUUGGGGCAGGGGUGGCCAUACCUUCUCUCAGUCUAUGCUCUGUCUAUCCUAUCCAGUUGUGGUGUCCUGCUUGCACAAUAGACUGUCGUUCAUACAGAUAGCAUGUCUCCUUCAUCUCCAUCCCUCUGCACCUUCCUGUACAUCCCAAAAACGUGCUUGGAAUUCUCAUUUUUGGUGUCUUUUCCCUUGCAGAUUUCCCUGCUUCACGUUACUGCAUUUCUUUCAAGCAGUCAUACUCGCUUGUGUGAUGUGAACUAGCCAGUAAUUCAAUUUUGUUUCUUUUUCCAGGCGAGCGGAAGAGCCCUUAUGUAGCUGUGUGCUGUAUUGCGAUGGCCUUCAGUAUUCUAUUUAUACAGUAAAAAUGGGGAAAUGUCAGGAAUAGAUUUGUCAAGCGCAUUUGGAAUAAAAGACUCGGCGAAAACAGAAGAGAUGAAAAAUAUGUUCUACACUUCACUUUUUUGUUAAUGCUGGACAAGACACACCUUUGACAAUUUGUUUCCAUAUUUCAGUUAGGGAAGCAGUGGUGUAUUAUAAAAAUGCAGUUAUUAGUUAACACUGUCAUACUUCUGCUGAAUUCUUUUAUGUGAACUGUAUUCUGAAUUUCAGAUGAGACAUUUUAAGAUGGACAAAGUAGAAACCUCUCUUUGAGAAUUGAAUUGCUAUUAAAAUACAAAACCUUUUAAAAAGUUUAUAUUUUUUGCAACAACUUUUUAUUUUAAAAAUUUAAAAUCACAGAGAUAGAAUUCCAAUGUCACAUUAGCAAACAUGAUUGGGCUUCUCCUUCUCCUUCCCCAAAGGCCCCUGUGCCUUCUCCAGUCUUUUCUGGAGGAUUCCCACAACAGGAAGAUGCAGGAGGAAGGAUACGAAGGAGAAGUGCUGUUUGCAUUAGCGCCUGCCUUUUGUGCAAGCAGGACGCCAAAGCUGGAUAUCACCUUGAAACAAUAAAAUCUUAAAAGCAUAGGCAGAGACAAAGUAAAAUCAGAUCAAUAUUGUACUAUUAUCAACAAGAAUGGUGGUGUAAUAAGCAGUAGAGAUUGAGGUAAAGCAGGGAUAUAUGCAAAAUAUAUAUUCAAAACAAUGUUUCAGAUUAGAAGCACAUGAAAUUUGUGAUUAAUUGUUUUAUAUAUAUACACACACAGGCCACAUAUAACUACAGGUUGAAAAUAUUUUUAAAUUAGUUGUUAAAAUACCUGUAAAAUAAAAGAAAUACAUUGUACAAGGAAUGAAUCCUGUUCACAGUUACUUCAGGCAAACGCUGCUCUGUAUUAAAGUCAACACUUAACAAUCAAAUAUUUUUGGUUUAUUCUGAUUUUUAAAAAAUAAACAUUUAUAUAAUAACGUGCUGUGUGCUUAUGAUCUCUGCAGGCUGUUAAAUUCUGGAACUUGUCUUGAAUGUAUGAGAAAUAUAUUUGUUUCUCCUAUUAUGAAAUCCAGAACUUUUCCUGUAACCUGGCUUUUAUAUUCAUUCAGUAGUUGUAUCUGCUGGAAUAUUCACUACAGCUCAUUCAAAAAUUGAGAAAGGAACAAUUGAUAAUACUGGUUUAUUUAUGAACUGAGCUUUUCUAAUGUGGCCAUCCUAUUUCUGCUUAGCUAUCUUUAUAUUAGGGCUACUGUAAACAACAACAACCAAAAACUCUGGAUUUUGUGCUUAUUUAACAAGUAAUGCUAAUAUCCUUGGACCUUCAAGUGUAUUUUUGUACUCAGUGAUGUGUUCAGUUUCUUACAACCUUCUGACAAUUCUCUUUACAAUACGUUAUGUUAUAUUUUUCAAAAUUACAGUAAUUGUAUAAAUAACAGAAUGAACAAGCGCAAAAUUAAAGAAAGGUCAUUGUUGAGCAGUUGUUGCUAAACUCUUGUGUGGAAAAUGGUGUGUAUUUUGGAGGAUAUUUAGCAGGCAGUAUUUUUCACACAAUUAAGAUGUAAAUUUAUUCAUGAAACUGAGAGGCGAUGUCAGCAGCCAAUGGAUUCAUAUUCUUUGAAAGCAGUGUGGCAUGGCAUAAUCCUGCAUGUAGCGUUUGCAAAACAAGAAUGCAUAGAACUCCCAAUAUGCACAUCACAAUUUGUUGUGUGUGAAGUUUCUGAAAACCUGAUCAGAAGGGGCCAACCAUGACUACUUCAGAAUGCUGUGUGUAUGCAUUGUUUCCUUUUUAUGAGUGGUCAAAAUGUAUCCUUUUCUGAUCUGUUCAUAUACCUCUCCACAGAGUUUCUAAAAACCUGUUUUCUGACCAUGUUUGUAACAAUGGCAGUUCCAUAACUAUAAUCAAGCUUCUGAAUACAAACCUGAGAAAACAAAUAAAAUUUGUUGAGAAGAUGCAUCAUGCAUAUUGAUACAAAAUUUAUUCUGAAAAGAUGUUCCUUUUUUUAAAGCAGUAAUGGCUGUUCAAAUGUUUCCAAAUGUGAUCAGGAAACACAAUAUAUAUUACAUUGUAUUGUGUAUUGAACUAUUCAGUUUAUAAUAUCCAUUGUUUAUAAAUGUUUGUUCCCAGAAUUAAAACACAGCUACAAUUGGGGAUUUAUUUAUUUAUUUAAGUAGCUCAAAGCAGAAUGUGUUUACAGUGUUUAUUAAAAGUUUCAGUUUUCCACAACCCCUUAAGUAGC